AUGUUAUCCUUAUUUACCAUUAGUUUCAGUAAUUUUAUUCCAUCAACAUUUAAACUUAAAGAAAAACGACAAGAAUUAGCCAAUAAACUUUUAGCAAUAUUUAAUCAAGAUGUUUUUUCUUCUCAAUUAUCAAAUAAAAUCAGUGUAAUAUGGAGUGGUUGUUUAACAGCUGCGGCUGGCCAUUGUACAACUCGACGAACAACAUGUACUGCUGUAAUUACACUUUCACAUAAAGUUUCAUGA